AUGCUACGUAGAACCUGCGCGCUGCUGGCCGUGCGGCGGGCGCGCGGCCUGGCGACGCGGCCCGUCUUCUACUACAACGACGUCUGGGAAUUCCCGCUGCCGGAGAACCACCGCUUCCCCAUGGCCAAGUACCGCCUCGUCCGCGAGGCGCUCCAGGCCGAGGGCGUCGCCGCGGCCUUCGAACCGUCGCCGCUCGCGUCCCUCACGGACCUGACGACGACGCACUGCCGGGGAUAUUGCGAGCGCUUCGUCGGCGGCAAGCUCACGGCGGCCGAGAACCGCAACAUCGGCUUCCCGUGGAGCCCCGCGGGCGUCAACCGCGCGCUCUCGUCGACGGGCGGCACCGUCGCCGCCGCGCGCGCCGUCGCCGACGCGCGGCGCGCCGGCGGCGGGCUCCGGGUCGCGGGCCACGUCGCCGGCGGCACGCACCACGCGUUCUUCGACCGCGGCGAGGGCUUCUGCGUCUUCUCGGACAUCGCCGUCGCCGCGAACGUGCUGCUGCGCGACUACGGCGACGUCGUCGAGAAGAUCCUCGUCGUCGACGUCGACGUGCACCAGGGCAACGGCAACGCGAAGCUCUUCGAGGGCGCGCCCGCCGUGACGACGUUCUCCAUGCACUGCGACGGCAACUACUUCUCCGAGAAGCGCGCGAGCGACGUCGACGUCGAGGUCCCCGCGGGCGCGGGCGACGGCGAGUACCUGCGCCUGCUCAAGAGCUACGUGCAGAUGCUCGCCGGCGGCGGCGCCGACGUCGUCUUCCUGCAGGCGGGCGUCGACCCCUCGGAGCACGACCGCCUCGGCAAGCUCCGCCUCACGGCCGACGGCCUCCGGCGGCGCAACAAGUUGCUCCUCGACGCGUUCCUGCGCAAGGGGGCCUCCGUCGUCGUCACCAUGGGCGGCGGCUACCCGAAGAACCUCGACCCGGCGUCGCCCGAGUACCGCGCGAUCGUCGAGGCCCACGCGGACGUGUACCGCGAGGCCGCAGCGGCGAGCGCGAGGCAUAACGACGCUAGUUCUUAA